AUGAAACCAAUAAUCAGAAGGGCUCCUGAAUCUGCUUUAGUUUAAUCCUAUGUUAUUACUUUAUUGGAUGGUACUAGUUCGAUGAAUUUUGAAUAUGAUGAAAUUUUGAAGGCACACAAAAAUAAUUUUGAUGAUCUUGGAGAUAAUUAAAUGAAAAUUCAAUUCACAGAUAAAGUUCAUGAUUUUGAACCUUUUUAAGCUGCAGGUUCUGGUGAUAUUACAAAUGUAUUUAAAUAUGUACUUAACAAAUUAUUGACUGAAAACUUACCUCAACAUAUAACAAUAAUUUUUAUAAGUUGAUGGUGAUGAAAAGUUUGAUCUGACAGAGCUCGAAGAAAUGAUAGAAGAAGUGAAAAAAAAAAAAUUCUAAAUAUAAUUUGUUUCUGUAUCAAUAGGAAGUUGGUUUCCAAAUACUAUAUCUAAUCAAUUAAGAAAUUUACUUCACAAUUCAAAUUUUAUAGAACCUCUAUAUCAUCAUAAUAAAGAUCCUGAAAGAACAGAGGAGGAAAUGUUUGAUUUUUUUGACUCUGUUUUUUCAAAAAUAAAAGCGUAAACUAAAGUGUAUUAAGAUUUGUUUGAAACAGAAGUAGAAGUAAAAUUGACUUUAGUUUCAAAACCAACAAAUUUAUUGCCUGCUGGAGCAUUAUUUGUAUCUGAAAUAGAAGUCACUAUUAAUGGUUAAACAAUCAAACCUACUAACAAUAUAUUUGAUAAGAAAAAAAUGGUUUUUGACUCUGCUUCAUAAGCAUUAAUUAUUUUUGCAAGUGAUCCAGACAAUGCAAUUUAAUAAAGAAUUGAAGAAAAGUUUUAAGAGGUUUAGCAAUUUGCAAGAGACAUAGGGGUUGAAGAAUAAAAUUAAUUAAAUUUAUAAUAAUAAUAACUGACAGAAUAAGAAUAAAUAAUUCAAAUAUAAUUUAAGAAUGCUUAAUUAAUUGUGAAUUAAUUUGCAGAAGGAGAUAUUGAUAUUGAUUAAUGCACUCCUGAAACUUUAACAGGAUUAUAAGCAUCAUUAUCAAAUCCUGCAGCUGAUUCAAUUUUAAUAAUUUAAAUAAUAUCUUAAUAAUUAUCAGUUAAAGAGGAUUUUCAGAAUUUAAACCCUUAAAACAUUCUCAAAGCUCAAAAAAAAAAACUCAAUAGUGUUGGAUGUUAUGCUAGAGCAUCAGCUAAAAUGAAAUAAAUUGAAUAAUAACAACUAACUUAUGAAUGUGCAUAAAUUCAAAUGGCCAAAGAGAUCAUUAUAAAUGGAUUAAAAAAAUAUUAAAAUUUGUUUUCAAAAGAUAAAAAUAGUAAAGAUGUUCGUUAAUUACUUAUUGAAUAUUAUAAUUCUACCCUUAUUGAACUUGAUAUUGUAUUUGAAAGAUUAAUAUUGGCCAAAGUUGAUGAAGAAUCAUAUGAUCUAUUGAAAGAACUCAAUCUUAUGAUGAAAGAAGUUAAUGAAGUCAAAUUCAUGAAAAAAUCAUUAUCUCCUUAAGAAGCAAUUAAAUUUAUUAACAAAGUUUUGGCACAUGGGCAAAUUUAAUAAUCUAUGGCAAUUACUGAACAUAAUGAUGAAUUUGAUUUCCUUCCUGAAUCUCUUAAAUCAUAGAUUAGACCAUAAAAUGAUGAAAGAGAAAAAAUUUUAGUUGCUAUCUUUGAUACUAAUGAAUCCAUGAAAUAUGAAAUUGAUUCAGCUCUUAAGAAUUUUGAUAAUGAAUUUUCAAAAAUAGAAACUAUUAAAUUAUGUUGGUAAAAUUCAUUAUUUUCAAUUAUUGGUACACAAUAAUCAUUUAAUAAUUUGAUUGAUCUAUUUUUAUUAUUAGAAGGCCAAUACUAAUUUAAAACAAAAAAAAUUUGCCUUUGCUUAAUUUCUGAUGGAUAAAAUGAAUAUACGAAAAUGCAUAAGCAACUUAAAAGUCUUAAGGCUAAUAGAUAUCUAAUUUAAUUAUCUUAUAUCACCAUAGGCUCUUCUUUUCACUUUCUUAUUACUAAUGAAUUAGAUCGUAUGAUGCAAAAUAGGAAUCUUAAAGGAAGGCCUAUUGUACUAAAUGUUCCAAGAUAGAAGACAGUAGGUAAUUUUUAGCAAAUUACUUAAUUAAAAAAUUCUGUUACUGCUCUAAACAUAAAUUAACAUUUUUCUAAGAGAUUUUAAGACUUGAACAAUUUGCUUUUGUAAGAAAAAAAAGUAAUCCAAAAUAAAUUUCUUAAUAAAUCCUAAAUAUAUUGA